ACCAGCACAAUCAAGGGCAAUCACAAUCAAGGGCAGCAGGGAAGAGCACAUCCUGGGGGCAGACAUCACCAAAGGGAGCCCCCCAGACCGAAACGAGCACCAAGUGACACACACACGUGACGGGGCCCGCCAUCACUACCAUGCGCACCCUGCAGAAG